AUGAAGAGGAGAAAUUCCAUCCAUAUACAAACUGUACAUAUCUCUUGCUUAUCUCAAACCCCUUUCACCUUUCAGUUCGUGCUCGCCGUUGCGGCUCUCUGUGCUUCAUCCAUCUGCUUGAGUAACGCUUCGCCUGCUGUCAGUGAGUUAUAUGGUGCGCCGCACCGCGUUGUUGGCGGCGGUGGCGGUGGCGGUGGCGCUGGUAGCAGUGCCGAUGCUCAUGCCGAAAUACGCAGCCUCACCAACGACUUGAAGGAAGAUGGAAGCUACAAUUAUCAAUUCGAGACCAGCAACGGUAUUGCCGCGCAAGAAUCUGGAGUAGGCGGUCACUAUGCCACUGGCUCAUCCCAGUACUAUUCACCAGAGGGUCAAUUAAUUCAACUCACUUAUACUGCCGAUGAGAAUGGUUUCCAACCACAGGGUGCUCAUUUGCCCACACCACCACCGAUACCAGAGGCUAUACUCAAGGCAUUGGAAUACAUUCGCACCCAUCCACCACAGGAGGAACAGCAACAGUAUGGCUCACAGUAUGGACGUGGUAAUGUAGCGGCUCCCCAACAACAAUAUGGUGCACCCUAUCGCAAACAUUAAUAGCGAGAGAUAAUUACAAAGAUUAAUACGCUCACGCUUAAAAGCAUAGGAUUUUUUACUUGUACUUAUACCUAAUAUUAAUUUCUGAUUUUUAAAGUAAUUACUUAUUGUAAAUGUGGAGGCAUUUAAUGAGAGUUGUAGUUAUUCCUUUGACAACAUAAAAACUGGAAGCCAGUAAAAUGUGAUAGAAUGGCUUGUUGUAGAUUUGUGAUUAUUUCUGGUUGAUUAAACUCUCAUUAACGGAAUGUAGAAAGAAAGA